AGAAUAUGGACGAUAUAAAAUCUCUCUAACAACAUGUUAUUAGGUAUUGGACAAUUGUUGCUACUUUUAGCUGACAUGCUUCUAGUGUUCACAGACCAAUGCAAAUCUGGAAUUUUUCAUGUAAACCCAGACAAGACUGACACAAAACUCAAUGGAUACAGGAUUCGUACAAUUGAAAAUAUAUCCCCAAGGGCGUGUUUUGACAAAUGUAUACGGAUACCAAGAUGUCAUUCUUACAACUAUAACCGACGUAUUUUACGAUGCGACCUGAACUAUCAACCAACAUUUGUCUCUUCAAGUAACUUCUUGAACGAGGUUGGGUUUAUUUAUGUGGAAGUCGGUCGUUACAGAGGGAACCCCAUGUAUGACACAUGUCUGAACAAUCCCUGUAAACCUGCAGAAAUAUGCGAAGAGACAAUGAAUGGAAGCGAAUUUUGCGUCAAAGAACAAGAAUUUCUGGAAGACGAUUGUACUACCUUAAAAAAAAACCACACACAUUUAGACAGUGGAGUUUAUACAAUAUACCCAUCUAAGACUGCAGAGGGGCUACAGGUGUUUUGCAACAUGACGAACGGCGGUUGGACGAUUAUUCAACGAAGAGUAGACGGAAGUGAAAAUUUUCAAAGGAACUGGUUAGAGUAUGAAAAUGGGUUUGGUGAUCUUCGAAAUGAAUUUUGGUUGGGAAACAAAUACUUACACAUGCUAACAAGCAAAGGGUCAUUUAAACUGCGGGUGGAACUGGUCUAUAGCAACGGCAAUAACUAUUAUAUAGAAUACAGUACAUUUGAAGUGGCUGAUGCAACAUUACGAUAUACUUUAACAGUCAGAAAUGGACACAGCGGAAAUUUAGGAAACUGGCUGCCUUAUAACAAUGGAAAAAACUUUUCGACCUAUGACCGGGAAAACUCUUGUAUGUGUGCAGCUUCUUAUAAUGGGUGGUGGCACGACUGCUGUGCGUAUGUAUUUUUAAACGAUGACUUCGGUGACAGAUUGCAAUGGGGAAGCGGCACAUACUUUCAUCAAUCACAAAUGAUGAUACAAAGAACAACGUAACAUCAAGGAUUCAAUCUGGUGAAAAUAAAGAUUUGUUAAAUGAA